AUGACGUGUGACCAGCCUUUCAAAGCACUUCAUAAUUACAGAUGGACGUUCACAGGGGUGUGUAAAGAAAUUGAUUAUUUCCUCGAGGAUGCAGACUAUGAGCAGGAUGCUGCGGAAUACCUACUGAGAGCAGUGAGAGCCUCCAGUAUAUUCCCCAUAAUGAGUGUAGGUCUGUUGUUUCUGGGAGGAGUGUGUGUGGCCGGCAGCGAGUUCUACAAGACACAACACAACGUCAUGCUCAGCGCCGGGAUACUGUUUGUCUCCGCAGGACUCAGUAACAUCAUUGGCAUCAUCGUCUACAUCUCGGCUAACUCUGGUGACCCGGGUCAGAGCGACAGUAAGAAGAGUUACUCGUACGGCUGGUCUUUCUACUUCGGGGCGUUGUCCUUCAUCUUGGCUGAGAUGGUGGGCGUUCUGACAGUACACGCCUUCAUAGAGCGCCACAGCUCCGGACCCGCGGCCGUCGCUCCUCACCAAACACGCUCUGUUCCGCUCCGCGUCCUACUACAGCCGCUACAACCGCUACAGACGGCGCUCCAGUUACCGCGGUUGUCGCCGCGGGGCCGGCGGGGUCGGAGUUGCACAAACUAA